AUGGAGUGGCCACUAUAUGGAACCAGGCUUGUGGCUACCCUUGGCUCGAAAUCGUUGCUCAAGAAAAUCAGCAGAAAGGCGAUCAUGGACGUCAAUGUGCCAAAUGCUUGCGACACGAUUGUUGACCCUUCAGCACCACUUGCUCUCCGACUACAAGGCAACCUACUCUUCGGCGUGUCGAGAGUCUUUGCACAGCAAUGCAGUUACAUGCUCGCCGACACGCAGGGCUUGAAAGAGAAGAUGCAAGGUAUUAAUGCGUUGCUGAGGGAGCUGCAGGUUGAUCCUGAUGUGGUCACCACAAGACCACACCAGCUCAACUUGCAGGAAGACCCCGGUUUCAACAUCGAGCUCGACCUAGGCUUUGACCUGUCGAGCUUCGAUACGAGCUUUUCGGUGAGCAGUGACCCCUCGAGCCUUAUGUCACCACGAACACUUGCCUCGAGCCAAAGCAGCUUUCUUGAAGGUGAUGAACUAUUCUUGCAAGAGCCUCUGCCUUUAGAGUCGUCUUCGUCUGGUGAUGGGGCAGCUGGCCUUAAUUUUGUUGCUGAAGGUCUAGUCGAUGAAGAAAUACAGCAGUCGUGCAGCGGUUCUGUGAAUGAGGUGAUGCUGUAUCCAGGUCCAGCAAUAAUCGAAGAGCAGUCGCUGCACAUUCAAGAAGAUGGAAGCUUGAUCAUUCGCGAUCCUUCUGUACAUGCAGAUCUGGGUCAGUCAGAUGUCAUCGAGCAAGAUGUCGUGCAGGAGCAGGUAGAAGACUUCGAGCUCGAUCUUCACCAGGGAACCACUGAGCAGGAUGGACAGCUAGACCCCGAGGAUGGGCACGAUAUACUUGCUGACAAUGACGAGGACGCAGACCAAGCAGCAGUCAUACCGAGAGCUGCAUCGUUCCGAGACCAGGCCAUUCCACACCACGACGAAGAAUCGGCUGACCAAACCACAGUCGAUCGCUCUGAGAACGACCCACCUUCUGUCGACGUGCUAGUAGGUAACCAGGCUGAUGAUAAUAUUGAUACAGUCACAGAGACCGCACCACAACGAAGAACACGAGCAGUCAAAACCGUUACAAUUGACUAUCCCGCGGAAGUGCCAAAUCGGACAAUUGUCGAUUGGAACAACGAUUACUUGGGCAUAAUGGACCUUGCGCAGCUGGAGAAGGCGGAGAGGUUGAAACUUCCUCAGGCCAAACGCAACGCUGAAUACUGGGUCCUCGAUCAAGGUAUUGGUCGCGUCGACUCUACCUUCGGAGAAGACGUUCAGGACCACCCUCUCGCUAUAUUCAGUGGUCAAACUUUACUUGAUAUGCUGGUCCAGCCACAGUCGGAGCGAACGAGUCGUAAGAGGUCAUCGAGCGCUUUGUCCAGCGAAGAGGGCGAUGUUAGUGAGCGAAGAGUUCGUGCUAGACAAGUGUCAGGACAGCUACAGGAGACUCCUGACGUGGGGGAUCAAGGCAUGGCCGACGCAAACACUGAUGCAAACCUCGACGAGGAUGACUUCGAGCCUCAAGUAGGUCGACAAGCACAAGCACCCAUGUCAGAUAAUCCUGAUAUUAUGCCGUGGAAUACCUAUGCUUCGUCAAGGCAAGAUUCUCGGUAUGGCUCUGCUCGUCCGGCGUUGAGCGUGGCUGGGUUUGGCUCUAGUGCAAGAGGACCAAUUGCUUUUGAUUACAUGCCAUCCAGUGUUGCUUCGAAACGUGUCUCACAGCUGAUUCAAGAAAGCCCACUAGAACAACGGCGCAGAUUACUCCGACGACCUUCUCUUGUGGGCAGUGGAGAUCUAGAUAGUCAAGAUGAUGACGAUCUGGGUGGCAUGACUGCGGAUGACAACAGUUUUGACCUCGAUGACCACGAAGUCCAUCGCCAGCUUGCUGCAACCCUAAAGGACAUAACCAAUUUUGAGCUGCAAGGCCCGGACACGCCGACCAACAUACACGACGUUCCUAGCUCGCAAUUGGCAGCAGCCACUCUGGAACAAGAAGCUUACAAUUUCCUCGUCUUCUUGCAGACCACUCUGGAGACCAGACAAGCUGGUACAGUGGAAGAUGACGAGGAAGAGGCGGAGAUGACAUUCCAAGAGUUAUUGCCUCCAAUGAACAACAACAAGAUUGUUGCUGCUCAAGGUUUUCUCCAUGUACUCUCCCUGACCACACAGGGACUAAUCGAUGUACGCCAAGAGGGAUAUUUUGGCGAGAUUUACCUUAGUGUCAUAUCUACACCUGCAUCACCAGCUCCAGUGGAAGAGGAGGAAGACGAAGAACAAGAAGAAGGAUGA